CUCUUACUUUGCCUGUUUCAGAGGCUAAACUAUUCUUGCUUCUUCCUAUGCCCGCGCUUCUCUCUCUCUCAAAGCUGUGUACUUUUGGGUGGUUGUUUUGGUCUCAAUUUGUGCUACAAACAUUGGCUCCUACUUACUAACUUUAAUGGAAUUUCUCUUUUGUUUGUUGUUGACUCUUUAAUUUCCUCAGUUUCUUGAUUUGAAGUGGGUUUCUUUACUGUUUCCGCUGCUGCCUGUUCAAAUUUGAUUCUUGUCAGGAAAUUCUUUUUCUGCCAGUCAUGGAUACUAAUUCACAUCUUACCGAUCAGAAAGAAAAACCAAGUCUUUUCGUUGAGGUUGCUCACUUAGAAAAACAGCUGUGGGCAUUAAUCCAUACAAAAGGUCUAUUGGACUCCAAUGUUCAAGACUUGUACCGAAAAAUCUGCUCUGGUUAUGAGAAAAUAAUCCUUAGUGAUCACAAACUGGGGGGCCUUCAAGAUACUGAAUAUUCUUUGUGGAAGCUUCACUACAGACAUAUUGAUGAAUAUCGUAAAAGAAUGAAGAGAAAUUCUGCUAAUGGAGACACUACAAUAUCUGCGACACCACAGAGUGUGGUUGCUGCACAGAGAAGCAGUGACAACCAUGUAGUUGGAUUUAAGUCAUUUCUGUCUGAAGCAACUGAAUUUUACCAAAAUCUAAUCUUCAAAAUCAAAGGAUAUUAUGGUCUCCCUGAAGAUUUUUCCUUCCUUAGAAGUGGUGGCAACUCUGCUUCUGUUGAGCCAAAGAAAAUGCAGAAACUUCAAUUUUUAUGCCAUCGCUUUUUAGUUUGUCUUGGGGAUUUUGCUAGAUACAGAGAACAAUGUGAAAAAUCUGACGCACAGAAUCACAAUUGGUCAGUUGCAGUCGCACAUUACUUGGAAGCAACAAUAAUUUGGCCAGACAGUGGAAACCCCCAAAAUCAGUUGGCAGUGUUGGCAAUGUAUGUUGGUGAUGAGUUCCUUGCUUUGUAUCACUGCAUAAGAAGUUUAGCUGUUAAAGAUCCUUUCCCUGAUGCAUGGAACAACCUUAUUUUACUGUUUGAAAGAAACAGGGCAUCCCAUUUGCAAUACCUUUCCAGCGAGGCCAGCUUUGAUUUCUUGCAACCAUCUGAAUGUAACGUCCAGACUAAAGUACAAUCAACUAAUGAUUUGUUGAAUUGCAAGCCUUUGAAAGCUGAAGAUGAAGGCUCAAGGGAGACAAAUUUAUGGUCUCUUAUCAUUAGAACAAUAAGUUUCUUAUUCAUUACAGACAGUUUUGAGGAUUUUCCUUGUACUUUUGCAUCUACUAUUAAAGAGGUCGAUGUGUUGAUGGCACUAGAUGAUGCAAAGCUAGAAGCUGCAAUGGAGUCAUAUCAGCAUAUGAAUUCAGCCAGGACUGGUCCUUUUAGAACCCUUCAAUGUGUCUCAGUAUUCAUCUUUGUCAUUGAGAAUCUAAUAGAUAGCCCGGACAGAAAAGAUUCAAAGGAUAGAACUGAAGCACAGCAGCUUGUGUUAGCACAAGCUGCAUUGACUGCUUCGUUCAUCUUCAUGGGACGCCUUAUUGGUAGAUGUUUGAAGGUAGUUUUGUUGGACUCGUGCCCACUUUUACCAGCUUUACUCAUUUUCGUGGAGUGGUUGGCGAGUAUUCUUGAUGAACUAGAAACAUAUGGAUCUGAUGAUAAAAGUACAAGCGCCAUAUCUUAUUUUUUUGGUGAGUUUCUUGAACUUCUGAAGCGGUUUGGUGUUGAUAGUAGUGAAUACGAGCCUCCAUGCAGCGUUGCCCUUUGGGAAGACUAUGAGUUGAGAGGCUUUGCACCAUUAGCUCAUUCACAGGUGCCAUUGGACUUUGCAAAUCAUUGGGGACACAGAAACAGUUACAAAAAUGGAACUCAAUACCGUGCUAACCGCAUUAUUAAUGCUGCUAUAAAGAUCGCAGACAGAUCAAACAGUAAUCACAAGUGGAUCUUCUAUGAUAAAUCUGGAAGAAAUUUUUCUGUUGGAGGAUCAGAUAAAUUUCCAGACAGGAAAGAGUCUGAAAAGACAGGGUCUGCUACUGCUGCUGUUCAAGAGAAAGUGCCAGAUCAGCAAAUUUUCCAUUUUACAGAAAAAAGUGAGAAAGCUAUUCUCGAGGAGAAACCAAGUGGCCCUUUCGUGAAUGGAAAAUCUGUUUCCUUGGAAGAGGAAGAAGUAAUUCUCUUCAAGCCUCUCACAAGAUACAAUUCUGCACCACUUUAUAGCUCUAUCACCUCUAAUGAUCAAACACCUUCUGAAGACGCUGGGGACAAAAUUGCACCUGCCGAUGAAUGCUUGCGACGUGCUACAUCACUACUAAUAGCACAAUACCAGGGCCAGGGUGAUCCUUCGGCAUUCCAUUCUGACCUCACUAAUUUCAGGUGCAACAAGCCAAUGAAAAAGCAGGAGCCUCUUGUAAAGGAUACAGUAGAACACCUGCUUUCAGAAGCCUCUAUCUCUCAUUGGACUCCCCCUCACAGCACCUCCAUUUCUGCUGGGCCUCCCUCACUCAAUGCCUGGGUCCUCAAUAGAGGUUUGAGCAAUGAAAGGGUGAAAGGUAAAAGUGACACGAGUAAACAUAGCUUGGCACCUAUUCAGGAAAUAGCUUCAGCAUCCAUGAAUGAUCUCUGUAUCAGUGAAACUGACUCUGUAAUUAGUUUGGGGCAUGAAUCCAUGACCCCACAUCACUCUUUUCAUCCUUAUUCAGCUCCAGUGCCUUCUGCCCCAUUUCUUCCAGAUGAUGCUGUGCCGCUAAAUGGCAGUCAAUCUACUUUCACUGACUACAAUAGCACAGGAACCAUCAACAGAACGAAUUCUAAUUAUUUUGAGACACCUCAAGUGAGUGGCUAUUUGAAUUGGACUGGUUCUCAUCAACCACUUGAUUAUGGUCCUGGAAUUCCAGGAUUCAUGGAUGCAUACACACCGGUGCGUAGAAUGACUUCUUCUGAAUGGCUUCGUCAGUACAGGGAAAGUCAGAAUCUCGAGCGAAGCACUAGUCACUUAUGGCCAGUUCAUUCGUAUGCCAUUGGGAACACUGGAAACUUCCAUGACAUGUCCAGCUCAGGUCUUUUCGAUCAGUGGGGAAUUCCUUGGGCUUCUAACCAAUUGAUUUAUGAAGGGAGCCCUCCAUUGCAUCCAGGUUUUUCUCCUGUUUAUGAAACUGUCGAUCAAAGGAACAAAUUCAUUUAUGGUUACCAAAGACCGAGCCCUUAUGGAUGUGGUGUCACGAAUGAGCCAGAGCCACUCUUGCAGUAUCUCAAGGAGAAAGAAUGGUUGCUUCAGCAGGAUCCGACAUUGAGAGGUCCUACGUAUAUGGGAAGUUGAAACUGUCAUACAAAACAGUCAAUAUGAGCACUGAACAUGGCUGCAUACCUUUGUCGGAGCUGCAGUCAGCAUAUUAAUGAUGCAUAGGCCGCAACUGUGAUUUGUUAGUUGUUAGCAUUUAUGUGUCCCUGUGUAUGUAUAUGCAUAUAUUUAGCCAUUCCUCCAAAAGAAGAAUAGCUAUAAGAAAGUGUGCAGAAAAAUUUCAGCCGUGUAGGAAUCGUAUAUGUAUAGUUUGUCAAAAUUGACAUGUUGUAUCAGUAUCAGAUAGUAUCUGCCCUGUUAUAUAUACAGGGCGGUAAAGAGAAUGCUCUGAAACUUUUAACUUAAGAAUUCAUUGCAAUUGUUAACCUGCAAAGAUUAUAUCGA